CACUGACCUGGGGAGAGGCCAAAGAGCGCCCAGCACCCGCCGCCCGCAGGAGCUUCGUCAGGGGACACAGCUGCAAUUGUCCCCAGAGCCAGGUUUGUGGGACAAGACUGGGACCGAGACCUGUUCAGCUCCUAAGUGAGUGAGCUGCUCUUCUUUCCCAGGUCUACCUCCAGAAUCAAGCCUCUCUCUAGAGGAACGGAAGAUGCUCUUCCUGACUCGAGACCACCUGGCCCGUUAAGAAAAGACAAACAGAUGUGGGAACAGGCACACCGGACUUGCUCAGAGAUUGGCUUCUGAGGGCCCAGAGAGAUCUGCAAAUUCCCCAAUGGCCACCUUUCCCCCAAUUCCUGUGACGAGUAAAAAGCUUACAGUCUUAGCCAGACAGAAGCUGCCAUGCUCUUCAGUAACAGUUCCAAGAGCUCAGUUGAUCAAAGAGAAAGAUGACAUAGAUCAUUACCUGGAGCAGAAUUUCAAAGGACUGUCAAAGGAAGAGGUUGCUGCUCACAGGAACUCCUACAAGAAAAGCGUCUGCGUGGACAUGCUGCGCGACGGCUACCACAAGUCCUUCACGGAGCUCUUCGCGCUGAUGGAGCAGUGGGAUGCGCUGCGGCAUGCUGCUGAGGUGCGGUCUCUCUUCUGGAUGCAGAGGCCACUGGAGGAGCAGCCAGACAAGCUGGACAAUUUCUACCACUACCUGACCAGGGCCGAGACUGCGGAGAGACAAGAAUACUAUGAAGAAGUGUAUAACAACUUGUACGCUCUGGCCUGUUACUUCGAUAAUUCUGAGGACAAGUGGGUGAGAAAUCACUUCUACGGACGGUGUUUUAAUGUUGCUCAGCGGGUCAAAGUUGACGGUGGGAAAAAGGAAGCAGAGGCACAUGCGCACAUGGGUCUUCUUUUCGAGGAAGAAGGUGAGCUUCUGGAAGCUGCCCAGCAUUAUGAAGCAUUCCAUGAACUGACACAGGGACGGAUAUGGAAGGAUGAGACGGGUCAACUUCUCAACUUGCUAGCCUGUGAAAGUCUCGUGAGGACCUACAGAAUGUUGUCAGACAGAAUGCUGGAAAACAAAGAAUACAAACAGGCCAUCAAAAUUCUAAUAAAAGCUUCUGAAAUAGCCAAAGAAGGAAAUGACAAAGGCAUGGAAGGAGAAGCUGCUCUCUACCUGGGCUCAGCCCACUUGGCUGCUGGAGAAUAUGAAACUGCACUCACAGUGCUUCACAGGUACUGUGAGAUCGCCACCAACAUGGAUGAUGAUCUUAGCCUGGGGAGAGCCUAUGAGGUGAUCGCCAAGGUCCUGCAGAGCCAAGGCGAGAUGACAGAGGCAAUUAAAUACCUGGAAAAGGUUGUGAAAAUCGCAAGAAACAACUUCCAAAGCCUCGAUGUGAUACGAGCGUCCACAAUGCUUGGCGACAUCCACAAUGAAAAAGGGCAGUACAGCAAGGCUUCUGAGUACUUCCAGCAAGCUUUCCAUACCACAGUGGAGCUCAUGAAAACAGAGCUGAUGGAUGAAACCAAAGUUCACUUCGGGAUAGCGAGAGCCCACCAGAUGAUGCUGACGAUGAAGAACUACAUAGAAUCUGCAGACAUGGACAGCCUCAACUGCCUGCUGUCCUGGAAAGAGAGCAGAACUCAACUCAAAUAUGACCCAAUUCUGGGAAUGACUAGAAGAGCCACAGAAGAUGACAUAUAUCAACACCCAGAUAAUCAGGAAGAAACAUCAAGAUCUCCAGAUAAUCAAUGAAAGGAAAAUUAGG